UGAUGCUUGCAUCAGUGUCAGCUGUAAAAGAAAUAUAUUAUUAUCAGGAUUUUUUUCCAAACAAAAACUUCAAAUUAUUGCAUUCAAAUAACUUUUAAUACCAGGUAAUACGGUUAAUAAACGUAAAAUUUGUAAAUUAUUGUAAAUGUUAGUGCAAUAAGCGACAAAAUGGCUACCAAAGGUCGUGAACAUGAAGAAGUCUACACAGUUUUAAACCCACGCAUGACAGCUGGACCAAAAGGACUUGGGGAUCCAGAUGACAGAUUUAUCCGAAAGGUGGAGGAAGAGAUUAUCUACAAAAGAAUGCGAGAAAGAUCUGAACUCCUUUGUCAAGCAUUUAAAGAUGAUUUUGAUGCCUGCAUGAAGAAGACACCAAACAUGACUUUUGCUUGGAAAUGUCGACCAAUGAUAAGAGCACUACGUACCUGUCAAAAUCAAUGGUUUAAUAGGCCGGAGUUUGAGGAGGAGGCUAAGGAGGAGUACCUGCAGCAGAGAGCCGAAUACAGGAGAACGGGAGUCUCCAAAUGGUCAAAGGAAAUUGACGAGAAAAAAUUGAAGGAGUUUGAACUCUGGUUGAAAGAGAAGAAAAAACAAGAGAGAGCAGCGAGUGCGCCCCAGCAUCAGACCGGAUGAGUGUGGUGUGCAUAGAGACCAUAAACUGUGAUCAAAACGAGUACAAGCCCUAAAGCCCAGCAGGGGUGCAUUUUGUUAAGGGGCCUUGCUAAAAUGUUCACAUUCAUAUCGGCGUGGUUUUUUUUGGUAGAGGUUUCUAAAGUAAUUGUUGCUCUUUAAGAAUUUUGGGCUUGCUUGGUGAAGUUGCUAAUUUAAACUACUGAAUGAUUGCAUUCAUUUCCCCCAUUCUAGGACAUACCAUACCAUAUGAAUGGUGCAUAAAUGGUGCAUAAAAGACUGUAUAUGUCUAUGUUUUAUGUCUUUAGGGCUACAGACUGUUUUGCAGACCAGGCCUAAAAAGAACAUUUAAGGGGUGUUGCUGCAGUUUUGCUGAUUUUUUUUCCACCAAAUAGAUUUUGUCAAAAAUUUAUAUUUAAGAUAUACAUACCAAUUCUACAAUUAUAUGAAAAAUGAAAUAAAAACAUAGGGUCACCGGCCUUGUGUUGAUUUUAUUCACCAUUAUAUAACAUGUACUUUUUCAAUAAAACUGGAAAAUCUCUAAUUGCGUAAAAAUAAUUAAUAACCUAUGAAAUUGGGCAACAUGUAGAUAUUAUUUAAGCUAAGAUACAUCAUAUACCAUUUAAUUAAACCACACACUACCAAUAAAUAUAGGCUCUGGCACGAGUUGUCAUAUCGUAACAUAUUUUAUUAAAUGAGUUCAGGAAUUGUGUUAGUAAGCGAGCCUUUGGCGAGCUUACUUACAAAUUUCCUGGACGAGUUUAAUAAAAUAUGGUAUGAUAUGACAACGAGUGUCAGAUCUUUUUUAUCACAUGCCUUUAAAUGAGCAAUUUAAAUAAAUAUCUACGCAAACAAAAUGAUAAAUCACAAAUGUUGUUUACAUUUCAUGACGUCAUUUGACGUUGCAACAUCAUUUCAGCAAAAUAACAAAAUGCGAUUGGUCAAUAAACACAAACUAAGCCAAUGAAAACGCUUAAAAAUGUUGUAUCACACAUGUGUGAUACAACACAUAUGUAAUGGUUGUAUUACAUUGGAAACAGGGUAUAGCAUGUGAUAAAAUGGAGUACACAAGUUAAAUUUUAAGAUUUUUUUUUUUUUUUUUAUGUCGCCCAAUUUUUAAUUUUUUUUUACUAUUUUAACCACCUUAAUGGAAUUAAAUAAAAUUCUACCAAAUAGAAUUCUGCGAAACUGCUCAAAUAUGUUCAUCUACGUAUUGUCAUCAUAACACAUAAAUAAAAAAAGGGGGUCACCACACUUUUAACAGAGAUUUUUUGUUUUAAUUAUCCCUACCGUCUCGACGUCAUAUUUCAUUAAAAAAACAGCAAUAAGACAAAACCCAAGUACCGGUACGUAGAUUGUCAGAAAUAUGCAUUAACAUUAGAAAUUGUUUACAAUCUUAACUGGGAUCACAACAGCUUACCAAAAGACAUUAAUAAAAAACAAUAUUUAAUCACAAACAUAAUAUCAUACAGUAUCAGACUCGACCUUAAUCAUUAAUUACUAACAUGUUCACAGAUUUCGGCAUGUUUUGAAGUUUGUGUUUAAAUGCUUUAAAUUGAUAAGGUAAACAACAGGACUAAAGAGCUCCAGUAUAAAACUAAACUGAAAUUAAAGAAAGAAAAAAAAAGGGAAAAAAAAGUUAACCCCGCCUGGGAUCGAACCACUGACGAUUUUAUUAUGAACCAACUCAGUCAUUUCUGGUGAUACUGAUAAAAAAAAUAUUGGGGUUGUGAUAAUAGCAUCAUCGGUGUUGCUACAAAUAUAUCCUCAUAUAAACACAGUCACCAAUGAAAUGUAUACAGAUUUUGUAAUGGAAUCACUGAUUUCUUAUGCACCAUGCCUCAAUGAACAUACCUGAUGUCAGUCAUUUAAUGACAAUUAUUAUCCAAUCAUUGCAUUUGCAUAUUAUGUGUUAAGUUUACUUUGUAGUAAUUGUAAAUUUUAUUAGUGAUAUGCAACAUCCACAAUAGUUUAAACUAUUAAAGUUUUACAA